GGUAGGCUUGACAGCAGAAACGCUCAAAUAUACAAAUAUUCCAGCUCCUAAUCUUCCUUCCUACCAAUAUUAAUUUCAUUUUUUCUUACUGUUGAUUUCCAAAAUGUAAUUUGAGAAUUAAAUGUCGCAGUUAUUUCGAAGGACAACAAAAAAAAAAAGCAAUUUAGAGUCGGCUGUUGAAUAAGUCAGACGUGAGGUUUAGGUCUGGCUAUAUAUUGUAUUGUAUUAUAUUAUAUUUAUAUGUCUACGGUCGUCAUACGAUUCACGACGCCAUGCCAUUUAGAGCUCCAACCCUCAAACCACGCAAAAGGUUUCUCCUUAAAUCCAUCAUCUCUCGUUGUUCCGCUGCGCGUACAUAGUACAUACACAUAAUAUAUAAAAGCAGCCUUUCCUCCAAGGGCAUUCUCGUAGUCGUCAUCAUGCAUGGGUUCUUCUUGUUAUUCUUGGUGCUCUUCACUUUGGGAGGCGCAGUUUCGGAGAGGCAAUGGAGCCGAAGGGAGAUGGUAGCGAUGGCAGGCUACGGGGAAGAAAAGCUUUCGUCGGUGGUGGUCACCGGCACCCUUCUCUGCUCCGACCAUCCUCUCUCCUUCCCCAUCCCAGUUCCAGGCGCCACCGUCGCCAUCAAGUGCCAGACCGGAGUCAAAAGGAGGUCAAGAUGGAUCAAAACUGUUACAGAUGAGCUCGGAGAAUUCGUGAUGGAUCUUCCUUCCCACCUCCACGGCAUUCCGGACAUGGGAAAGACAUGUUUGGUCAAACCAGUUCAUGUGCCAAAACCCUACAAGUGCCAUCCAUCAGCGUCCAAGAAGCAUAGAGGUCUAAAGCUUGUUUCGUCCAGCAAUGGCUUCCGCAUGUAUACGACAGGCAAGAUCAGGUUACAGAAAGAUUGAUGGGGCGUGAAGAGCGUGCGGUCUUCCCCACUCAUUUAGCUGGCGCUUCAGUCACAAAAUCCGAGUUGAGAGAUGAUCGUGGUUCUACAGACCGUCUACUCGAUUGUGUGUAUGCCACUUCUUAUGUACAACAAUUAAUACCGAAACCAAAUCAAGUGCAAAGCUCUGAGCAUUUCACAUUCUAGUCGACUGAACCUUCAUAGCUAACUUGGCGAUUGAUCAGUGGGUGACUCAGGGAACUGACAGAUUAUUGCAUCAAUUGCAUCCUGUACGUUGCUCUGCAACAAAAGAAAAGCCUUUUGUGUUGAGUGUAGGUUGUUCAUGGCCUGCA